GGACAAAUUCCAGUCGGAGAGAAGAUUUGGGUUUGGUUUGGUCUGGUUGUUGGUAUAUAUUUUGUUGUGAAUUUACGAAAAUGUUGGCGAUUAAAUUUGCACUGCUUGUCUGCCUUGGCGUCUUCGUUGCUGGGCGUCCUUCUGAGGAGAAGCGUCUCAUCAAAGUGAGCGAAGAUCAAGAUGCCGUUUGGAUGAGUGAGGAAGAGAUUUUUAUCCUGAUAGAGAAAAAAACGCAUUUUAUGGAUGUAACGGGUCGCAACUUUCCAGCGGAGAAGCCAAUCGUGGCCAAUGCUCUCCCAACGACAAUCCGCUUCCAAGACUUCGUCACCCCAAUCCUGAGCGGGAUUAAUAUCCCCAGAAUGGAAGCUUUCGUCGAUGCCUUUGACGACUUCCCAAACCGAUAUUACAACAAUCAGAAUGGUGUCACGUCUUCGGACUGGCUUUUCGUGCAGGUUGAGGAAGCCAUCGCGUCCAGCGGGUAUCAAGGGGUCACCAGUGUCAACAAGGUCUUGCACAGCUGGCCACAAAACAGUGUCAUUGCAAAGAUAGAAGGUUCUGACCCAACUUUGAAGUCCGAAGUCCUUAUCUUUGGCGCUCACCAGGACACGAUUAACUCGAGAAAUCCUAGCGCCGGGAUUGCGCCGGGAUCAGAUGACAACGCUAGUGGGAGUGUGACCUUGUUGGAGUCACUGAGAGUCCUCCUCGCCGCUGGUGUGGUGCCAAAGAGAUCGAUCGAGUUCCAAUGGUAUGCCGCUGAAGAGGUCGGCCUCCGCGGGUCAGGUGACAUUGCGCAAGCCUACUCCAACCAACAAGUCAACGUCAUUGGCAUGGUAAACUUUGACGUCGUGGGGUAUCGCGCCGGUCAAAAUGAGAUCGGACUCCUGACCGACUAUACGAAUCCCACUUUGACUAGUUUUCUUAAACUUGUCAUUGACGAGUAUUGCACGUACCGAUGGGUCAACGACUACUGCGGAUAUGCCUGCUCAGACCAUGCUUCCUUCCACGCAUACAAUUUUCCCGCAUCGUCACCCUCCGAGUUUCCGCUGAACCCGUACAUGCACACGACAACGGAUACCACGGACAGAAUGAGUUUUGAACAGGUGGCUGAAUUUGUCAAGUUGACGAUUGCGGCAGCCAUUGAGAUCGCAGAACCGACCGGAGUUUGAAUAAAUCUAAUGUGACAAUUAUGUAGAAUUAUUUGGCAAAAUUGGUAAUUAUAAAAUUUUAGGAAAUAAAUAAACUUUACGCGCAUCUAA